ACCGAUUUGAAUCUUUGUGGUCCCUGUGGUUAUGCAGAAUAUACUCAAAGCGCAGAGAAAUGGUGUACAGUUUGUGAAGAGGGAUUAUGCGCAGAUUGUGAGAAGGUUCACAAAUCUAUAAAAACAUCUCGAAAUCACAGGCUUAUAUCUAUCGAAGACUACCGGCAAAUAAAAGAUAUUUCGGUCAACCUUGACUGUAAAGAUCAUGAUAAGCCACUCGAGCUGUACUGCAAACCACAUGACUGUGCAGCUUGUUUAGACUGCGUUACAUCUCAUCAUAGAACGUGUGCUGACGUCAUUCCAUUAGAUAAAGCUGCUGAAAAUGCAAAACGUUCAACUGCACUGGCUGAUUUAGAGGACACUUUUACCAACACAUUAGAAAAUCUUCAACAAAUGAUUACUAAUCGUGAUUCAAUUUUGGAGAAGUUGGAUGUCCAAAGGCAAACUAUCAAAAGUACAAUCAAUGAAACACGAGCAAGAAUAACGAAAAAGUUAGACGAUCUAGAGACAAAAUUUCUCCUUGAAUUAGACACAAAAUAUGGUUAUUGUAAAUCCGACAUAGAUAAACUUCUUAACCGUCUGAGAAAUUGCGAACAAGAUCUAAGUUGUCUGAGAGAGCAAACAUUGCAAUUGAAAUCAUUUGCAUCCGAGGUGCAACUGUUCCUGGGAAUCCGUCAUAUCCAUGAAACAGUAUUCAAAGACGUAGAAUGCGUUAAAGAAAGCUUCAAGAACGUGCAGAAUUAUGAAAUGUACUUUAAGUUAAAUCCUUUAAUCAUGUCAUUAAAGAAUGAUGUAGAUCAGAUCGGGAACAUAUCCGUUAAGAAGACUACUACUAGUUUACCGUUCAAAGAAGCAAAGAUAGAUCAAGCCCAGAUACAGGUUAUAGAACCCAAUGUAAGAGGUAUUGAUAAAAUACGUCUCCAGAUGAAGAAAAUAUUUAUAGUGAAGAAAACAAGUUUCUUGUCGUGGUUGUCGGGAUGUACCAUGUUAACAAAUGGUAAUUUGUUAAUAGCUGAUUAUAAGGGAGAGCGUGUACUAAUGGAGUAUAGUGAAGACGGUAAACAUAUUCGAAACAUACCGUGCUCUGGAUCCCCGUUUGAUGUAACGGUCAUAGAUUCUGACCGUAUUGCUGUAACUUAUGGAUCAUUUAGUAAGUACAUCGAGAUUUUCAAUAUAAAGAACAAUAAUGUUGAGAAAAGAGCUAAAUUAAAAAGCCAAUGCUAUGGAAUAUCAUACAAGAACAACAAAUUGUUUGUUAUUAUUGAAGAUGGCAUUGUAGUAACUAAUAUGUUGGGAAAAGUAUUGAGCAAAUUAGAUGUUGAAUGUGGAUUAUACUUAGAAACCACUAUGGAUAGAAUUUAUUUCACAAUCGAAAAAGAUCAUACCGUAAAUUGUAUCUCCAUGACCGGUGAGGAACUAUGGGUACGUAAGGAGGAAUCGUUAGUCGGUCCUAAGGGAAUCACUGUUGAUGAUCAUCAAAAUGUGUAUGUUGUUGAUAUCAAAUCUAAUAUGCUAGUAGUGAUACAGCAUGACGGGAGCUCCAGUAAAACAGUACUUACCAAAGCUGAUGGUCUAGACCAACCGCAAACAUUGCACUACAACAGAGAUAAAAAAGUGUUACUCUUGUGCAACAACCAUGAGUGUGCUGCCAUAUACAAUCUUGAGUAGUUAUAUAUAUUUUUCAGCCAUUCGUAUAUAUAAAAGCAGUGAACAUACUGAAAAGAAAGCAACAAACAAGCCAAUGCGUGACUUUAGGGAAUAACUGAAUAUAAAUGUUUGGGUUCAAAAUAUCGUUAACUUGACCGUCGUUUUCUUUAUAGCUUUUGAAAUAAGAAGAAUGUUAUACUCAGUCGAAAGCUGAAGUCAUUGCUCAAAAGGCUCAAUUUUACUCUUUUUGCAUUAAUGAAGGUUAUUUUGAAAAUUGAAAUAGAUAGAAAGAAACAACUAUCAUCAGCAAGACGAAAGAUACAAAUACGUCUAUUGAUAACAAUUGUCAAUGGAUUGCUUAUAGGAUUAAUUCCCAUUAAACGACGAUUUUUACUUA